AGGAAAAGAACUCACCGAGCUCCGUGAAAGCUGCAUGUUCUGGCUGUAGGGCCGGCGGUGAGACACGGCCUCUGCCCCCGCUGGAACAAAACCACCACUGCACAACGUCACAGGCACCACCUUUGUUCUUGUCACGGGGAGCCCUGCCCCGCUUGGCUUACCACAGGCUGGCCGGUAGCAGCCCCGGCAUCGUCUUCCUCUCGGGGUUCCAGGACACCAGGGCGAACCCCAAGUGCCUGGCCCUGGAGCAGUUCUGCCAGGAGUCGGGACGGGUUUUCCUGAGCUUUGACUACACGGGCUGUGGCAGCUCGGACGGGUGUUUUGAGGAGUAUUUGAUCGGCCACUGGAAAAACGAUGUCCUAACGGUGCUGGAUGAACUCACCAGCGGGCCACAGAUCCUUGUUGGUGUCAGUAUGGGAGGCUGGCUCAUGCUCUUAGCAGCCCUGGAGCGGCCAGGGAGGGUGGCUGGGCUGGUGGCUACAGCAAUCAGGGCUGAUGUCUUCAUAACCAAGUACAGAGAGCUUCCUCCGGAGGUGAAGGGCGAAGUGGAGCAGACGGGAGUCUUUCACUACGUGAUGGCUGGGGCCAGGUCUGCGCUACUUAAGCGGGAGUUCUUUACGGAGGCGGAGGAGCACAGUGUGCUGGGGCGCCCGUCCAUCCCCAUCACCUGUCCCGUCCGGCUGCUCCACGGCAUGCAGGACCAGCUCGUACCGUGGGGCACGGCCGUGCAGGUGGCUGAGCAGCUGGAGAGCCAGGAUGUCCGCCUCACGCUGUUCAAGGACGGGCAGCAUGACCUGAAGGGAGCGGAGGAGGUGAGGGUGCUCGUGGGGACGGUCAGGGACCUGGCUGAGAGCCAGGCCUGAGAGAGAGAGACUGGCAGCAGCUGUGGGGACAGAGCCUGCUGAUGGGGCAGCAGUGACCAGACAAGAAGCCAGGACCACGGCCACGUGAACCUAGCCCCGUCUAAUCCAUUAAUGAAGAGAUUGCGUAGUGCGGGGUCCCCACGGCCCAGGGCACGCCGAAGGCCCACGCUGACCCCAUUAGCACCAGCAGGUGCUCAGAGCCUUGGCUUGCUAAUGAGCUCUUUGCAGGGGGUGAGGUGACUGCACCUGGCUUGUAGCGCUGUGAAUCUGCGAAUGGCCAGUGAAUGUGGAAAGCGGCUGCUGGGGGGAUUGGCAGCUACAGGGAUUGAACGUGGGGUCUCUGGGUCUAGACUAGAAAAAUGGCUCAACACCCUGCCCUCCCCCCUCACAAAAACACCUGAGAAAACCCAAAAAGGGCUCAGGUUUUUGAGGAAAAACCAUUAACCUUUCUUGAAAAAAUUCAGUGAUGCUGCAUUGUUGGGGGAGAACAGGCUCCGGGAAGAGGGUUGAACAUUCAACGGUCCCCCGCGGAGUUCCCAGCACUGUUCCACGGCCCAAUGCCCAUGGGUGGGGGGGGGACUGCAGGCUGUUGCCAGAAGCGCUCUCGCUGUGGGGACCAGGCUAGGAGGGGCCCGGUAGGCGCCCACACUUUUUGGGCUCCAUCAAGGCUGGCUGAAAGGGAACAAAACAGGCCAUUCUGGUCAGGAUUGGCUUUGCUCUGAGCCCGCCGCGUUAGGUCAGGCCGGCUUCACGCCCCUGGGUUGGGCGUUUCCACACACAGCGGUUGUAACGCUGUUGCUAUACAGUUGGGGGUGUUUUUGUUUUUUUUUUUUUAAACCGGUACAACCUCUCCCAUGGUGCUGUACUCCCCCACAGCAACAGUAUGCCAGUUGGCAGCAGCCACCCCCUGUGAGAACUGCGCCCAGACCUGCGGCUGGAACUAGACUGGUCCAGCUUUGGUGUAGCCAGGCCCAUGGGCGAGGACUGCAGCCAGUCGCUGCUCCAUGUUCUGGCAGGACAGCCUGUGGGGUUAGUACAUGCACAAGCGGCAGCAGCCUAGGGAACGCUAAGCUGUGACUCCUGGGGAGAGCUGAUACAGGCGCUUCCCUUCCCCUGAACUACACCCCCCCCCCCACACACACACACACCAGCCUGUUCCCUUCAGUGGGGCAGGAAAAAAGUCCCCCCCCCCCCCCCCAAGCAAGGGGCAGAACUCUCCCUACUCCCCCUUCAUUCAAAUACCCUGCAGCCACUCCUAGCUGACGGCUCACUGUCAGGAGAGGGGGCUGGACCUGGGUCUCUCUGGGCCUUGCUGUCUCAUGUCCCUGGUCAGGGUGAGGGUUUCAGCAGGGGUGUUAAUGGAGGCCAGCCAUCAGCACACGUGGAAGUUGGUCCAUUGCAGAUGGAAGGGGAAGGGCUUAGCGGCAGGUCUGACAAUGCUAGGCCUGCGGUUGAGUGGUUAACACGGAGGUACCUGGGCCCCUGCCUUCGUGGAGCAAGGAGGCAGGAGACUCGUGAGUAAAGUGCAGAUCAACUUUUUUAUUGUUUCAUUCUCUUCAUUUGAUGGCCGAACCGUUCUUAGAAAACAUGGUGCAACUUGGCUUAGUAACAGUGUACCUGGAAAGUCAAAAUAUUGUCAAUGCAUUCAAGAAACCGGAAAACUAUGGACAUUCAAGUGACACGACCCUUCUUCUGGAGUGGGAAGAGGGCGUCUUCCCCUGCAAUGACUGAGAAAGCACCAUUCUUAGCCUUUUGUUGCGUAACCAAGGCACCCCUGGGCCGUGCACCACAGAACCAUCUCUGAUAUGUUAUGUAGCUAGAACGACAGAGGACAAAGUCCCAGAGUGGAGUCCAAAUUUGAGCCUAAAUCCAAACAAUUCUAAGAUUAGAAUACAAGCUCAAACUUGCAAUGUAAACAGCCAGUGGGCUACCAGAGAAAGUUGCUUAAUGACAACCUUGACACAGAUGUGUGUUUUGACACCCCACGUUCAGUACACAUUAGCCAGGGGGAGUCCAAGACCCCACAAGUCCUUAGCAGUGGGAGGAACUAGACACAGUUAGACUGGACCUAC